AGAAAAGGAGCAUCUUAAGUGUGUAAUCAACAAAUAAUCAACAAAAUAUAUACUUGAUAAACUUUGCGUUAUGUAGUUUAGUUCAGAAGUGUAAAUACUUACAUUGUUUCUAACACCGGACACUAUGAAACACUUACUUGCGAUUGCAUUAGUGUUGAUACUAUUGUCUACUAUUGGCACUAAGGCAAAUUCUUUAAAAAUUGUUGGUGGUGAUGAAGUUGAGCCUCAUUCCCUGCCUUUCAUGGCGGUAAUCAAGACAGAAAUUAAUGAUAUUUCAAUAGUCUGUGGUGGUUCGCUAGUGAAAGAAAAUGUAGUGCUCACUGCCGCAAAAUGUGUAGACGGAGCGAGCGAAGUUGAAAUAACUUUGGGAGCUCACAAUAUAGAUGAAGAUGAGGAUAGUCAAGUUGUGUUAACAUCGAAUGACUUUGUUAUCCAUGAAGAGUACAACGCAACAACCAGGCAUAAUGAUAUUGCUCUGAUAAACUUACCUGCUGGCGUUCCCCUAUCCGCUAGCAUAGCCUUGGCACCUCUUCCAACAGCUGGCGACAUUUUCAACAGCUACGACGAGCAACUGGGUCUGGUAGCUGGUUGGGGAAGGGACAAUGAUACUACUUUAGUUCACAGUCCUGUUUUGAGGAAAAUGGAAGUGGUUAUUAUCCCUUUGCUUAUGUGUGAAAUAUCAUACUUCUUCGGCCUAAGUACGAGCCAAAUGUGUACAAUUGGCACUUUGGGGAAAGGUAUAUGCUUGGGAGAUAAUGGAGGACCACUGAUGGUUAAUGGAACACAAGUUGGAAUCGCAUCUUUUGGCAAUGACUUUGCGUGUAGCGCUGGUUUUCCAUCUGUUUAUACUAGACUGACUUCGUAUUUGUUAUGGUUAUCUACACAUUUAAGUUAAAUAAUAAACAAUAAACAUAUA